AUGGCGUCAAAUCUGUCAUUGUCGCGGAUGACUGUCGCCCAGAUUCUCGUUCCAUUCCUAUGCGCCACUUUACUCCUCUGUCUCGGUCACGGUACGGAUGUCAACGCGUCACAGUCUGAACUAAACGUCAAGAGGUCAGAUUUUCCUGCUGACUUCUUGUUCGGAGCUGCCUCUUCUGCUGUGCAGUUUGUGCAGGUAGAAGGAUCGGCCAGGAAAUAUGGGAAAGGACCAAGUACCUGGGACACCUUUGCUGAGAGAUUCCCUGGAAAGAUUGCAGACAAGAGUACCCCAAAAACUGCAGUGGAUUCUUAUAGACGUUAUAAGGAAGAUGUGAAGUUGCUAAAAGAACUUGGCGUGGAUGCCUACAGAUUCUCUAUUUCCUGGACAAGGAUUCUGCCUAGUGGAUCCUUGAGCGGUGGAGUGAACCAAGAAGGCAUUGAUCAUUACAACAAUCUGAUUGAUGAAUUAAUUCAAAAUGGCAUUGAGCCACUUGUAACAAUUUUUCACUUCGAUCCACCACAAGUGCUGCAAGACAAAUAUGGAGGGCCCUUGAGUCGGAAAUUUGUGGACGAUUUUAAGGAUUAUGCUGAAAUUUGUUUCAAAACAUAUGGAGAUAGGGUUAAAAAGUGGAUCACAGUGAACGAGCCUCUGAUCGUGGCCCAAGUUGGUUAUGAUUAUGGAGCUGCGCCACCUGGGAGGUGCUCCGUACCAGCUCAUACAUGCCCAGCUGGUAAUUCAUCCACUGAGCCUUACGUUGUGGGUCACAACCUGAUACUUGCUCAUGCUGCUGCUGCCAGGCUCUACAAGGAUAAGUUCCAAGCCAAUCAAGGUGGAGAAGUUGGUAUAGCCCUUGUAGCUCAGUAUUUUGAGCCCUAUUCAGAAUCAGCAAAAGAUAAAGAAGCCGCCGAUAGAGCUUUGGACUUCACCUCGGGAUGGUUCAUGGAGCCACUAGUUUAUGGAUCAUAUCCAGCUUCCAUGAGAAGUAUAGUAAAAGAGAGAUUACCCACUUUUACCGACGCAGAUAAAGAGCUGGUCAAGGGAUCGUGUGAUUUUUUUGGCUUCAACUACUACACAACCAGAUAUGCCAAAGCAGUAACUGUAGAUCCAACUGCACCACCAACCAGCUUCAGUCUUGACUUGCACGCAGACAUCCGAGCUGAUAAAGAUGGAGUUCUGAUUGGCAAAAAGGCUGAAGGAAGCAGCUUUAUCUAUAUAUAUCCAAGGGGGAUACGAAAGUUUCUGGAGCACAUAAAGCACAAGUACCAAAGCCCUAAAAUCUACAUCACUGAGAAUGGAGUCACCGAAGGAAAAGUUGACGCCAGGCCUAUUGAGGAAGCACUGAAGGAUCAACACCGCAUCAAGUUUGUCCUGCAACAUUUGCAUCGGAUCAAGCAAGCAAUGAAGAAAGGAGUAAAUGUGAAGGGAUAUUUUUACUGGUCUCAGUUCGACAGCUUUGAGUUUGGAGAUGGCUAUACUUCAAGAUUCGGGCUGUACUACAUCGAUUACAAGAACAACUUCAAGCGCAUACCGAAACUGUCAGCACAGUGGCUCCCCGCAUUUCUUAAAGGCAAAAAAGAAACAGUGGACCCAUCAUAGUCUUCUGGUUAAUCGAUCAUUGAGUAUGCAGUUACCUCUUAUCUGGUCCAGUUGUAAAAAAAAUUCUUGGUAUGU